GGCGGCACCGACCCAACGCCAUACCUCAACUUGUAGCUCCUAACACUUGAAUUAGCAGCUAGCAAAACAAAAAGCAGUGUGUCCGAGAGUUUGGCCCUCUGUUUCCUGCCGAAUUUAAGCGGACUGUCGGUGUUUUCUUCUGCCGGAGUUUGAGCUCCUGUGAACGGAGUUGCCGGGAGCUGGGGAUGGAGCUGAGCAGGAGGAGAGUGCCUCUGUAUGUGAGUAUGCGCUCCAGUUGUGGAGUCGGGCUUGAGACCAGCUUCUCCGACUAAUCUUAAAAAGAGUUGGUUAUCCCUUUGGAAAAAUCUCUGCAAAUUGAGUUUGCAAUGCCGUGAGAGAUCAGCAGCCUCAUUUAUUUAUAUAUAUAAAAACGUUUUUUGUGCUCGGGACCAAUGCUUAAUUAAAAUGCAUCAAAUGUAUCUGAAAGAAAUAGUUUUCUGCCCAUGCAUCAUAGCUGUACUUUAUUAUUCAAGUUCACUAAAGUCACUGAGUGUAAGAAAAAUAAGAUUUGGCGCCAUCAUGACAGCAGGCCGGUGUUUUUGACUUUGAUCAAACGGGGACUUUAAUGGUCUUUGAAUGAAACGUCUCAAGGUUUCACUGUUGGACUAUUUGAGCACUGAAUCAUAGUUUCAUAGAGUGACAAUAGCAGCCUGGCAUUUGUGUGUAUUAAUUAGCAAAUCAGUAACUCAGUGUUUUGUUCAUAGUGAUGUUUUUUUGUGUGUUUUAUUCACUCAGAGUUGGAAAAGGAACUUAGUAUUUGCGAUCAGUUUGAUUUGUGAUGUCUCUGGUUGUCUGGAGGUUAAGCUGUAUUCAAACAGGGCGGGACUGCGAUCAAAUAUUUCUUUAUUGGUUUCACUUUAGUGUUUUUUAUCAACUCUGCAAACAGGAAUAAGAGCUAAUGCUUCUAGAUCAAAAGGGCUCACAAUGUAUUCAGUCAAUUGAAUCCUUUCUUAAUGUGGCAUGUACUCAAUGCCUUUUUCCUUUUAGUCAAGAUUACUUAAAGGUUACCAAAUGUUUGUGAAUGCUGAAUGACCAUGUAAUGAAACACUAUACUCAAAACUGUAAUACAUAAUAUAAAUGAAUGAACGCAUUAUGCAACAACUAUAUUUUAACAGCAGAGGGAAGCUAGUGAAACUGAAGGAAGUUUUCAAAAAGCUAAUCAGAGCCAUGCUAGCAACUCGGCAAAAAUGAUAACAGCGGUGUGCUAAGGUGCUCGCAAUGACAAUGCUAACAUUUGUAGCCUGUUAGCAUGCUAACGUUGACCAACUGGCCCUAAAACAUAAAGUGCAGCUGGAUUUAAUAGUAAUUAGUUUGCAGGUAUUUAGUAAAAAAACAACUAAAGUUUAUUAAUUUUGUGGUCAACAUCUGGUCAACCACGCAGAGGUGAGGAGCCUCAACAAGGAGAAGCUGUGUGGGAACGACUCAAUUUUGAAGGUUUUUUAUUUUUUUUAUUUUAAAAGUUGAGUGUAGCUUAAAAAUACUGAAGUAAGCUGACAAGUGUUUUUCAGAAGUCUGGUCCACAGCCAUGCUAGCAACUCAGAGGCUUGGAGCUAAAUGCUAACGGCGGCUUGCUAGAUGCUCACAAUGAAGAUGCUAACAUUCGUAGCCUAUUAGCAUGCUAACAUUUACUAUGUGGCCCUAAACAUGAAGUACAGCUGGAUUUAAUGGGAAUUAGGUAAAAAACACCUUUAUUAAUUAGUUAAGUUAAUUCGUUUAUUCAUUUUAUGUUCAACAUCUGGUCAGUCACACAGAGGUGAGGAGUCUCACUGAGGGAAGAGGAGAAGCUGCGUGCACAUUAAAGAAUUUGUGUUCAACCUGAUGCUCCCUCUGUCAAAGAAUUGACCAGACAAAAUUGAUAAAUGAACCUUGAAGGUGGGAUUAAGUGAGACGGAGAGAGAGAGGAUUACUCUGUGCCUCUAUGUGAAACGGUGAGAGAAGUAAAAAGAAAAGCCUUUCGGUUUUAUAACGCAUUAGGUCAGCUGAUUCAAGGCUGAUGGACUCUCAUACUCUUUCACCAUCCAACACUAAUUGGAGAUGUUCAUUGCAUUUCAAGUCUUAGAAUUCUACAUUUUUUGGGUGUCCCUUCUUUUCUUCAACGUGCCUCCUCUGCUCCUGCCUCCGUCAGUGGGUGGACGUGUGUCCCACAAUAACCCACACGGUGUGUGUUGUGGGAGGCCACUGUAGUUUGACAAGUUGAUAUCUUCCACAAUAGAUUUAUUUCCCUGCAACUGGUAGAUGUUGGUGGAAAGCAGCAGCUACAAAAAAAGGAUGAUUUUUAUUCAUUUAUUUUUUACUAUUAUUCCGAGGGAAUGAAACUAAAAGUGGGUGUUUAAUCUUUAUAUUUAAAUCGUAAAAAAACAAAACUAUAUCUGCCUUGAAGCUCAGUUAAAGUUGCAUUGGAGAUCUACGCACUGCAGCUAUUUAUCCACAGUAUGGGCAUGGGCCCAGAAAUGUUUAAACCUGCACCAAUCAAUAUUUUUAAUCCAGCAGUGAGUUAAAUUACUUUUUGUAGUGGGAAAGGGGUUGCUCGUUGUGACUCAAAGAUAAUUAUUAUAGCCGUAAAUUGAGGUUUCCUCAGCUCUACAACGCUCGUGAGCCUCUUUCAGCUAGUUGUCCCGGUUUGAUGGCUGCAGCUUUAAGACCAGUUCAUAAUCCGUGUCUGUAUGACCGUGAGGGUUUUGGUCCAGUUCCCUUCCACAAUCCAGUCCAGUUGGUGGCUUGCGAUGCUCAAAAUUCAGGUCGUACUUGUCUGUGUAUUAUCACCAGUUAAGCCCAACAGUGACUCAUCGCUUUCAGGCCUGGCAUACAGAAACACACAGGGCCAGGCGAAGGUGUUUGCAUUGCUGGAGGGUUACGACUCGGUGCCGGAGGACGCAGAGGUCUACGUUGUUCUGGAAGGGUCCACUCUGGUCCAUGUUACCAGGGCUCAGAGUGACGUCAUGCUCUGCUUUAUAGUGCCGGGACACAACCUGGCUGAGGUGGUCUCUGUCCAGGCCUACCUGUGCUCUGAAGCCACACCCGUCGCCUGGGUGGGCGGGGCUUCACUGGAGUAUGUCCAAGAUGAUGCUCAGGACCUGGCAGAGCACCUGGUAAUCCACGGGCAUUGUCUGAGCUCCACGGAUCACAAGGAGCUGAGCAGCCUCUUCAACCUGGGCCAGGAGAGCUCUCGCUGGGCUAUGGAUCGCCGCGUGGCCCUGGCCAUGGCCAAUCUGGAUAUCCCCCGAAGCUGGAACGUACUGGGGAGCCACGGUGGAGACGAGCACACCCUCAGGGAGUCGCCCCUCCACCUGGCCGUGCGGUGGGGUCUGUGUCGGCUGGCAGAGCUGCUGCUUUGUCAGCCGGGGGGUCUGAUGGCUGUGAGUCUGCCAAACGAAGAGGGAGUCACACCGCUGCAGCUGGUGCAGACGGCGGGCAACACGGAGCUCCUGGAGCUGCUCACGCACCCGCCCAACCCUCUAGCCACGCCUCUAGCAGGUCUGUCCCAGGUGUGGGCAGACAGGUGCCGCUUGCUGAGGUUCUGCCACGAUACGGGCAACCUGACUCUGACUGUCCGACAAAACCUGCGGUGGAGCUCAGAGGAGAGCCGGCACGCUGACGUCCUGCUUCUCAGGGACCGGCUCAGAGAUGAGGACUUCCUCAGAGAGAUCAAAGCUCUAAGGAGGGAACGCGUGGAGACCAUCUUAGGGAAGGAGGAGCUGGUGGAUGAUCCCACAGAGAACGCACUGUAUUCUGAUAUCGAUGGAGCAGCUGUGGAGGAAACUGACUACGAGGAGCCGCUGAUGUUUCGCCUGAACGAAGAGGAGGAGGAGGAGGAGGAGGACGACGACCCAUCGCAGUUUGACUCCGAGAAAAGCCAAUCCAUAAGGGAGAGCCAGGCCCAGUCCCCGACUCUGGCUGCUGCUGUCAGACUCUCAGCGAUGAUACACGGCAAAGACAGAGUGUACGCCAAUGCCAUGCUGGUGGACCAGGUGGAUGACGCUGAUAUUAAAUACCGCUCUCCGGUGGACGAGGAUGAGGAGGAGGUGAGCCCUGAGCCCCAUCUUGGCAGCCCAUGCUGGGACUCCUUCUCCACGACUCCCCCGGCCUCGGGGAACCUUUCCCAGAACCGGCACCCGUCCUCACCCCGCGGCGGGGAGAGGGGGAUCCGAGGCCCGGCAAUUCGCAAGGAGCCUUCCCCUCGCACGUCUCCCCCCUCUCCUUUCGCAUCCUCCCCGUCUUUUCCUUCCUCCCCCCUGGCUUCCGCCUUCCGCUUGUUCGAGGGAGCGCAGAGGCGUCGGACGCAGCCGUGCCUGCCAGUUUCUCCUGCUUUGAACCGCAGAGGAUGCAGCUUGACCGAGGCGAGCCGGGUCCUGAGUCCUAGUGUCGAGUGCGACAGUGGAGAGGAAGACAUCCUGGGACACUCCUACCCCUGCUCGUCUGCGAAGAAGCAGUCCAUCCUGCGAUCCAGCUCGAGGGAGGACUCUUACGACGUGUCACCAGACUUUAACCGCACGCACUCUGACAGCACGCACACGCCCGCCAAGAACCCGCAGGAAGCAGAGGUUCGCCUGCGCUCCUACUCCUAUUCCUCCCCCAAGGCGAAGCCGUCGCGGCCGCUGCUGAACCGAGACGAAGCCAUCACCGACCUGGCAGAAGAUGGUGCGUUCAGCGGCAGCGGUCGCUCUCUGCUCCAAGCUUUAUCUCUCUCUAAAUCCCUCUCUCGUCUCAACCAAGUUAAGCAGAGAGCAUUGAGCCUGACUGAGACUACCAGAGAUAAAAGGGUUUUGGGUUUCCGUAAGCGGGCCCAGUCAGCAGAGGAGGAGAGCGGCGCAUCGCUCCAGCACCUCACCCUCACAGAGUUCCUCAAAGAGAUCGAGGACGAGGAGUGGGAUAAGUACAUAAUCCCCUCGAAGGUCGAGUCGGAGAAGUACAAAGUCAGCCGGACCUUCAGCUUUCUUAAGAGCAGGAUGUCCAGCACUCGCAACAAGGCCAAGGUGAAGGGGAAAGAGGUGAAGGAGGGAAAGGAGAAGACGGGAGCCGCUAAUGGACACCAGUUUGUCCCAGCGACUCCAUCCGGUCCCGCUCUCUGUGUGGCCUGCGACAAGCCUGUUUCUGGAAAGGAGCUGCUGCAGUGCUCCAACUGUUUCCUCAAUGUCCACAAGAACUGUCGAGAGUGUGUUGCAGCCUGCGGCAAGAAGCUGCAGGAGAGGAAUGUGUUGCUGCUGAAAAGCAAGAGCUCGUCUCUCCCACACAACUCUGUGAAAGACAACUCUCCGGCCACCGUUUUCUCCUCCUCGUCUUCACUGCCCACAACGACCAGGGAGAAGAGAGAAACAGUCACCCCUCUCUCCAAAAGCUUCUCCAUCUCUAUAGACAGCAGACGGCUGAGCGAUGCAGCGGGGGUGGACAGUGAGUGUGGGGUGACAGCUUGCACCUUGGCUGAUGAGGGAACACCGGUCACUGCGACUCCCCCAUCCGCCGAGCCGCUGAUCGCCACGCAGGAUGCCGUCGACGCUCCUCUCAUGAGCGGCCUGUCCGCUGAGCUGCUGGGACUCGAGGUGGAGUCGUGGAGUCUGGCAGUCAGCCCGGAGUUCUGCAGGCAACACGACAGGCACACCAUUAAACGGCAGGAAGUCAUUUACGAGCUGAUGCAGACAGAGCUGCACCACAUUCAAACCCUGACGGUCAUGUCGGGGGUGUUCCGGAGAGGCAUGCUGGAGGAGCUGCAGCUCGACUGUGACUGCGUGGCCCGGAUCUUCCCCUGUCUGGACCCUCUGCUGCUCUUUCACAAAAACCUCUUCGGAGCGCUGCUGGAGCGCCGACAGGCGGCGGCGCAAGCCGAGAACCCCCACAAUUACCUCAUCCAUCAGAUCGGGGAUAUUCUGCUCCAGCAGUUCUCAGAUGAAUACGCCGAGGAGAUGAAGCAGGUGUACGGAGAGUUCUGCAGCCAUCACACCGAGGCCGUCAACGUCUUCAAAGAGCUGCAGCAACAGAACAAAAAACUGCAAAACUUCGUCAAGCAACAGAGCAAUAACACUCUGGUGAGACGGAGAGAGGUGCCAGAGUUUAUCCUGCUGGUCACUCAGCGCAUCACCAAGUACCCAGUGCUGCUGGAGAGGAUAUUACAUUACACUCAGGAGGGAAGUCGGGAACACUCUGACCUGUCGAGUGCCCUGGCCCAGAUCCGCGCCGUUAUCGCUGCGGUGGACCUGACCGUGAAUAGGUACGAGAGGUGUCAGGAGCUGCAGGAAGUGCUGGCCCGUCUGGAGAACAAGAGCUUUGCCAAGCUAAAGAACGACAAGGUGUUCCGCAAACAGGACCUGCACAGCAAGCACAGGGAUCUGCAGUAUAAAGGGCUGGUCUACUGGAAGACUGCCACAGGACGUCUAAAAGAUACUCUGGCUCUCCUGCUCACAGAUGUUCUGGUUUUCUUACAAGAGAAAGAUCAACGCUUUGUGUUUGCUGCUGUGGACCAGAAGCCUCCUGUAAUCCCUCUGCAGAAGCUCAUUGUUCGAGAAGUAGCCAACGAGGAGAGAGGGAUGUUCCUCAUCUCCGCCUCCUCAGUGGGACCGGAGAUGUACGAAGUCCACACCAACACUAGAGACGAGAGGAACGCGUGGAUGAGACACAUACGGCAAGCUGUGGAGAGUUGUCCUGAGGAAGAGGAGGAGGAAGAGCGAAGUGCCGAGGCAGAGGAGGCCAGGCGAGUGGCAGAAGUGAGAGUUCAGAAGAUCGCCAAGUUCCAAGAGACGCUGUUGGGUCAGGACCAGCAAAUCUGCAACAGCCUGGAGGAGAAGUUACAGCUCUACGCCGAGCUCACGGAGUUAACUCUCCGCUCGCCAGAACCCGUACUACACCGCCAUCUGCUGGUACAACCGGACACGGACGGUGAGACGCCACGACAGGCCUCGGCACUGCUCACCGCUGCACUCAGAGAAGCGGAGAACAUGAUCACCAUUCUGCAGAGUCGUGAUGGCCUCGUUGUAAAAAGUCCGAGCUCUCCGGUCCGAGGACCAGAGUGCUGCAGCUACAACAGCCACGGGAGCAGCAUUCAGGAGUCUCCCUCUGAGCCGGAUUAUCUGAGCACGCUCAGCAUGAGCUCCGCCUCUCCCGGAUCAGACGGCGAGCUGACGGGGCCGGACGGCGUCCUGUGGAGCCCGGCUGUCGAGCUGAGAAGAGGAGACGCCAAAGGGACGCUGCUGAAGGUGGCAGAGAGCGUUCAGAGUCUGACUCAGCUCCUCUACAGUCUGCAGGCCGCCGUGACCGUCCAGGACAGCUGCUAUGAAGUCCAGAAACUCCUCCUCCAGGAGGGAGAAAGACCUCAGCUCCGAACCCUCACGUCCCUCCAAAACAGUUUGGAGCAGGAGAAGCAGAGGAGCGUUGAUAAGAGGAAAGAGGAAGUAGAGAAGAGGGGUUCAGAGAGGAAGAAGGAGGAGGUGGAUGAGGUGCAGAAACUUCACGUGAAGCUGAAACAGGUGCAGCAUCGUUGGGACAAAGAGUGUCUGGCCAGAGAGAAACAACAGUGCGAGCAGGAGAGCGAGCUGGAGCAGCGGGAGCAGCAGUGCCUCCUGGAGGCUGAGCAGCUGCGCUGCGAGCGCGAGGAGCUGGAGGCUCAGCUGCUGGAGUACCAGCAAAACCUGGACCGACUGAGGGAGGGCCAGAGGAGUGUGGAGAGGGAGAAGGAGAAGAUCGGAGCCCAGCAGAUGCUGCUGCAGCGCUGGAGGCACCACCGCCAGAGCAGCCUGCCCGUGACGAUACCGCUGGAUGGAUACAAGGUGUCCAGCCACAGCCGCUCAGGCAGCCUGGAUGGUAACUGUUCGGUGUACGAGAACGAGGCUGCCCUGAUUGCCUCCCUCCAGCAGAACCACCUCCGCCGGCCCGCCAACAACAACCAGCACCAGCACCUGCGUCUGCUCUCCGCCCCGCCGACGAAGAACCGCGACAGCCCGCUGCACAGCUCCAGCUACGCCGCUAACCUCGGCCUCAGCACCAGCCUCGGCCUCAGCGCCAGCCUCUACAACAGCCUCAACACCCUGCUGAGCCAGGCGCACGGCAAGCAGCCUCCGGAUGGUCAGAAGUACCCAAACCACGGCAACAACCACGGCGGCCCCCGGCCGCAGAACAACACCACCCAGCCCUUCAGCAGCAGGGUCACCGCACAGCCGCACGGGACCAACAGCACAGACUUCAGCCCGCCGUUGGACAGGCACUCUCCGGGUCCCUGGAGGUCAGAGGUCACCGGUCACAGACUCUAUGAGGACGACUACUCCACGUCUCCCUCUCUCACCCCCCUCCUUCCCCCGCAGGCCUACCUCUCCCUCGAAGGACAGAACGGGGAGGAGGGAGGCGAGGAGAACAUUGUUUAUCUCUGAGAGCCUCCUGAGCGGUUGAUCUGUUGCUCGUGUGCGUUUGUUACUCAAAUAAGGGAAGAGGGAGGAAGUAUACACGGAUACAAGUGUGCCUUUAUCAGCGUAUGUGGCGGCCAUUAAUCGUUCUCUUCCUGCCUCCUGAAACCGUUGUGCCUUUUUGCGAACCGAGUCUUUGUAAAUCAGCUUUGACACGCAUGUCUUUUUUACUCCUACUCUGAUUCUUUUUAGUAUCCUUUGCACUUGUUUGACGGCAGAGGCACAUUCGUACCCCGAACACUGCGACCUAAAGCACCAGGAUUAUCAGGACAGAAGUAUUUAAAAGCACUUAAAAGAAAAUGGAGAUAUUUGAGAAGCCAAUUGAGCCCUUCCCCUAAAUGUAUAGAGUGCGGUUAUCUCUCCAUGUGAUCUUAAAUGAUAUUUAUAAGGGAUUGUGAGCAUCUAAAAUACAUUAAAUGUAUACUGAAGUUAUUGUAUGAAUAUUAAAUAUAUGUAUAGUUUUAUGGAAAGGCUACCUAUGCACACUGUGUUGGAAGAGGAAUUUAUAUUCCGAUGAUUAUUAUUAUCAUUAUUAUUAUUUCAUUCACUUAAGUGCCAAAAAUCUUGCUAUCCGAUACUGUAAGUGAUUUGUGUUUUCCGCUCAUCUUCUUUUCUGAUAAUUUAUUGUGUGUAAAUUGCUUCACGUACUGUCGACAUUGAUCAUAUUUUUGUUGUAAUCCUUGUAAUCAGAUUUGUGCCAUAUUAAUAUUGUGCUGUCUAUAAAAAAAAUGAUCGUAUCAAA